CAAAGGGUGGGAGCAGAGCAAAACACUUCAAAUGCGUCUGACACCACCUCACUUUCUCCUUUAAUACUCUGUCACAGACAGACAUCUAACAGAAGCUGGAGGUCGUGGAGGAGCAUUGAUUUUCUUUUCUUCAGCAGAAAUGAAUCUUUCAACCACAAGCUCCCCUCCCAACUUCACUUUUGUGCUUGGAGACCAAAACCAAACAAAAAAUGACAUUUGUUCUCCAUAUGACAAUACCUGGACUUUCACUUUUAUUCCAGUGUACAUCCUGCUUCCCUGCCAACACCACCUUUUGGGUUGGAGACCGUGCCAAAACAAAUGGCAGCAGCUGUUUUCCUGAUCAGAAUGACUGGCUCUUCACGUUUGUUCCAGUGUACAUCCUGCUAAUCUCUGUGAUGGGAAUCGUCCUCAAUGUCUUUGUCCUGAUAGUUUUCUGCCUCCACAAGAAGGCCUGCACCACAUCUGAGAUCUACCUCGGCAACUUGGCUGCUGCUGACCUGCUUCUGGUUUCCUUUUUGCCCUUCUGGGCCGUCUAUGUUUCCCAUCAUUAUAGCUGGAUUUUUGGUCGAGCCAUGUGCAAAAUUGUCAGCGCAAGCAUUCUGAUGAAUGCUUACUGCAGCAUCUACUUCCUGGUUCUAGUCAGCAUGGAUCGUUAUUUGGGUCUGGUGCAUCCUCUGUUGUAUGACAGAAUGCGUAGAUCAGUUUUUGCCAAACUGAGCUGUUUGUUUGUGUGGAUUCUGGGCUUCCUCUUUAGUCUUCCAGCCCUUAUCUACAGGGAACUGACACCACCCAAUAAUGAAAGGACCAGUUGUUUUGCUUAUUAUCCAAACACUACUAUGAUGCUAACAAGUGAAGCAUUGAUUGUUGUGUUUGGAUUCAUCAUUCCUAUUUCUAUUAUUGCUUUCUGCAUGGUCAAAAUUAUCAAAGUUUUGAGUGGUUUGGCAACUAAAAGAGCAAAUGUUGAGAAAACAGACCCCAAAGCAACCACUUUAGCUCUGGCAGUUCUGCUGGCGUUCCUGAUCUGUUGGGUUCCAUAUCACCUGAUCAAGAUCCUGUAUGUGGUCCGUGAUGCUGGACUCUUGACUUCGUGUGACUCGCUCAAAAUCCUGCAUUUUUGCCAUCAGAUCUUCACCUACUUUGCCUUCUUCAACARCGUCCUCAACCCCAUCCUCUACGUCAUAGUAGGAAAAAACUUUCAGGCAAAGGUCAAAGAACUCUUCAGGCACCGGACCCACAGUGAAAACUUGACCCUCAACAACGUUUCGGUGACCACAAAACUGUCAAGAAGUGCUGAAUCUGAAGAUGACCCUGUAUAAUGUAUAAUCUGCUCGCAAGUCACUAAUAAGACUUUUGUUGAUAUUUUGUAGUAAWUACAAAACCAGAAGUUAUCAGAAAGGUUGUGACUAAUCAGUGGUGGCUUGUGAGCAUAGAUACUAGUGGGGCAGACAUUAAUUUCCUAAAUCAAUAYCAACACCAAUGUUACAAUUUGCGGCAAGUUUUUAUGAAAACGAUAAAGGCUACAUUACUUUUAAUCAGYUAUUUGUGCACAAAGUUGUUGUCAUUUUUCUCCCUCCCUGCAGGUCAUGUCUUGUAAAAAAAAAAAAAAAAAGUAUGGUCCAAUAUUAAAUCAGAGUAACACAUCCUGCUCACACCUGAAUGUAUUUUGUCUUUUAAUUGUGGGUGAMAUUAAUCAUACAGGUAGCUACACAGUUUUCUGGAUUGGAUUUCUAAUUUUGAGUAAUAAUUAAGUUAAAUGGGGUAAGACGUCGUGUGAACUAAUUCUAAAUAUAAAAGUAAAAAAAAUUGUGAACUCUGUGUCCUCCAAGACACAAACUCACUGACCGAUGGUUUUAUGACUGCAGCUCCAUAUUAGCACAAACUUAGGACAGUAACUCACAUACAGUCACCAGAGAUUAAAGUAAAAAAAUUCUCGUUUUUAUUUCCCUUUUAUUUCCUUAGUUUCCAGUGUUCCAUUCAAGCUGCUCUCUUUGCUCCAAAUACAUUUUAAACAGAUAAUCUCCUCCUCUGUUGGACACAAGUUUUGCUGAACACAAUUUCUGUAUUUUAGCUCACAUUUGGUCUACUGUUUGUAUCGAUGUGCUAAAACCAACAAAAAGUGUCCGUAGGGCAGGAUUUCUAACGCCCUAUUGAGACUAUUUGGAGGAUCUAAUAAUACCGAUUAUUGCAGACAGGGGGAGUAUAGGCUAUAUUAACACGAUAAAUCCACUGACAAAUAGACUGCACAGCCCUGACUGUAAAUAAGUUUAAAAAAAAACUGAGAAUGAAUCAGCGAAACACAUUUCAACUUCAAAAAAAUAGACAAAAUAGUUGAAAAAYACACAGAACAAAACAAUACAUGGCAAGCUAAGCAAAUAAGCAAUUUACGUUUUCUAUUAGGAGGAACUACUUUGUGGGGUGAAUUAAUUUKAUUUUAGGUGGGGUGCUGUGCCUGCUAGCCAUGGUGUAAUGCUCAUUGAAUAGAAGUUCAAUGAAGUUUAUUAUAUUUCAGUGUUGGUUUGCGAGGUUUACGUAAGAGUUAAAUCGCAACAAAAAWUUACAAUACUGAAUUUCAGUAGCUCACAUUCUGUAGACAAAACUCUUAUAAUACUCCUUUUAAUGUGCUUGUCUCUUGUCAGUCCUGAACUUUUAAUGAUGAAUCCAAAAAAAACAAAAAAUAAAAACUAGUAAGUCCUCUGGAUGGAUUCUUCUUUGUUGAAACAUUUUGUUUGUUCUACAAGGGACUUAUUCAGUCUGAUGAGUUGCAGGUAAGCUCAGCCUUACCGUAUAAGCAGUGAGUUCAUUUUCAACUCCUCAGACUGAAGAAGUCUCUUGUAGAUAAAACAAAAAGUUUUA